CUGGUGAAAACUUGGUGGUUGACGGUGGUUACCAAUGCUGGUGAUCCUCUGUCCGCUCUUCUCCUUCUAAUUCUUCAUACAGUAUACAAUAGAUCUCUAAUAUAUGUUCAACCCACAACUAAUACGCAUUAAGAUUCGUCCUUGCGCACGAUGUAGGCAAGGCACCGAGUUAAAUCGAUUGUUCCUGUUAUGGGGGGAGAAAACCAGAAAAGCAGUCCGGAGAAACCACAUCGAACCCCAUUUGAUCUUCUUUUACAUAGACAAACAGCACAGCGGACAAACGCUAAAGGUAAAAAGAGAGGUAGAUAAUCCGAUGUCUUCUGCUAUCCAAUCAUUGGCAAACCGCCUCAACAAGGGCUCAUCAGUGGUGUUCUUCGUUGGUGCCGGUAUAUCAACAUCUGCCGGCAUUCCAGAUUUCCGUUCCCCUGGUACCGGACUGUACAACAAUCUGUCAAAGCUGAACUUGCCCUAUGCCGAAGCUGUGUUUGAUAUAGACUACUUCAAGAAGGACCCAGUGCCAUUUUAUACGCUGGCGAGGGAGCUGUAUCCAGGGCAGUUCAAGCCUACAAAGUUCCACCUGUUCAUGGCCCUGUUGCAGGAAAAGGGACAGCUGCAUCGGGUUUAUACCCAGAAUAUCGAUACGCUGGAGAGGAUUGCUGGUGUCGAGAGGGACCUGAUAGUGGAGGCACACGGUUGCUUUGACGACCAUAGAUGUGUCAAUUGUUCAAAAGAGCUGGACGGUGACAAGUUCAGACAGAUAAUCUUUAGAGGGGAGAAGGUGGAAUGCCCCCAUUGUGGUGGUUACGUCAAACCGUGUAUCGUGUUCUUCGGAGAAGGUCUGCCCCAGAGGUUCUUUGAGUGCUGGGAUGAAGAUUGCGAUGAGUUUGGUAAUGAAUAUGUCAAUGAAACCGUGGCUAUAGUGGCAGGCACAAGCUUGAAAGUUCAUCCGUUUGCAUCUUUACCGGAAGAACUACCUGAAUCUAUACAGAGGUUCUUGGUCAAUCAGGAAUUGGUUGGCUCCUUUGAGGAUGCUCCGAGAGAUGACGAUGAGGUGUAUCUAGGGAAGAUCGACGAGUUUGUAGAUCUUCUGUGUAGAGAGCUGGGAUGGGAUGAAGAGCUGGAAGGGCUGGUCAGACGUGUGGAGGAUAGUACCGAGGCUGAAGAGUUGGAAGGGGAGGACACCAAGGACACCAAGGACACCAAGGACUCUAAAGACUCUAAAGACUCUAAAGACUCUAAAGACUCUGAAGACUCUAAAGAAAGCAAAGACGAGGCCAAGUCGAAAGACCUCAGGGACCUUGAAGAUGAAGCCGAGGAAACAAUCAACAAAGGCAUCAACAGCUUAUCCAUAUAACCCACUAAUAACCGAUGAUCUCGUAUAUUUUCAAUAUAACAUAUAUACAGGCC